GGGGACUUUUCAACGUCGGGGGAUCUUCGUCCUCGUCCCUUCGCCAAUCGCCGGGAUUCCUCCGCUGCAUCUCCAGCUCCACUGCGGGGGUUUCUGAGUCUGGCGAAGUUGUUAGGGAUUUGGGCUGAUGAGUGAGUGGCCUUGGUUUGACUUGAGCUGGUGCGACGAGGCGGAGUUGAGAGGGAUUGUUGGUCUCGGGAGGAAGCAAGAGCAGGAAGAUGAACGUGUGGGGUGAGAUAUAGGGUUCGGUUUUAGGAUUUUUGGUGGAGGAGGAUGUGAUCUGGAGUUUCGCGGAUUGCUAGUGGGCUGGUUCAUGAUGUAGCCCAGAAUGUGGGUGAUUUCUUCGAUUUGUAAGAUCUCUGCUGGAUUACGUCAAUGUGCAAUCUAGUGGUGUAGCAUUGCAAUUGUAUCGUGAGCGUUUUCUAGUUGUUUUUGUGAAUCGGAGUUGUCGUGAGCUCAGAGAUUAUGUAUUUUGGUGGCAGGCGUAGGAUGAUGUAGGAUUACUAGGUGGUGAACGAGCUAGUGGGUAGGUCCGGGGUUGGAAAUUGGGAUGGCCACUGUGGGGAGAUGGGUAUCACUAGGUCCUCCGCAGUAUUCGCGCAUGGUGCCGGGCUCAAUGGUCCCCAGGUACCAUUUGAUUUACGGCGUGUACUUGGGAAGGAAGGGGUGCUGUUGGACGAGUCGAAAGUGGUCUCGACAAAGAGGAAGUAGAGUUGGAGUGGGAUCAUUUGAUGACACGGAGCUCACCAUCAAUGGGGCUGCCAACGCCAAUGAAUUUGGGACUCUGGCCUUGUUGUUCUCUGACUCUCAGGACGAUGACGGCUCGGUUGCUGACGUCGGGAUGACUUUCAAUGUGCCCAGUGAAAUUGACGAGUCCAAUGAGUUGUAUGAUAAGCUUGCUGGAAACUCAUUGGCUGGGGAAUCGAGAAUUGGCGGAGCGGAUAUAGAGAUCGACUUAGAGGAAGAACCAGAUUCUGAGCAGGGGCAUAUUGAAACCUGGAAAGAGGGUAUAGAUAACCGGAUUGGAAAGAGUGCAUUCCAGCAAGCCAGUCGGCUACUCGAAGCAGUGAACAAAACUUUGGAUGGACUUGAGGAUGGUCUUGUAAAGCAUGCAGAGAAUGUUGCUGAAGAGUCGCGGCAAAUAUCGAGAGAAACACAAUCACAGCAGUUUUUCGAGGUGGAGCAGAUGCGAGAGGAGUUAUCAGUUCGGGACAACCUCCUCGAAAUGCUGUGGCAGGAGGCAAAUAAAGCUUCUCUAACAUUAAGGACUGCCACUCAAGCCAUGGCAGCAGCAGAGGAAAAGAUAGUCUACUUGCAAGAGCAACUGGAUAUGACAGCUGGCUCUCUGCAACAGGAAAGAGAAGCAACUCAACGGGCUCUUGAUCUCUUCUCCAAUUCGUUACUGGCCCUCUCUGAUGCCGAAAAGCGUAUGAGAGAACUUGAACAACAAGUAGAGAUUGGUAUGCACGGUUCACAAGUUCAGGAAUCUUCUACUGAAAGUUUAGCGAAUCAAGAGGAAGGAGUGGAGCCUUUCACCGCUGAAGGGGCAAUAUUACAGGAGGAAGUGCAUUCAAGAGACGUGCUGUUACAAGAGGCUAAGGAUGACAUGGUUCGGAGUGCAGAUUCUUUAAAGCUGGCUUCGCGUAUUGAGCAGGAAUUGCGUGCAAGCAUGGAGAGGGAAUUGGAAUUGACACAGAACUUGGAAAGUCAUAAAGAGCUAGUUAAAGAACUUCAGCAGGAGCUGGCUGAGAGUUAUACAGCUACGCUGGCUGACCAGGCUUUGCAACAUAUGGAGAAAAUGGUGAAGGACCUCAAAUAUGAGGUUGAAAUCCUUAGCGACGGAUUGGGAGCUGGGGACAAUGCCUCUAACAUUAUGAGUGAGAAGGCGGGUCAUAGACUUGGGUUCUUAACCAACGCUUCUGAAAACCGAGAGUCAGUUCGACAAUUGACGUCAUAUGUUAAGGAAUUGAAGGCGGAGUUAACACUUAAGGAUGAGAAGAUUGCUUCAUUACGGAGUGAGCUUUCUCAAGCUGAGACUGCGUUGCAACAGGGGAGGAUUGCGUCUAAUUCUACUCCUGGUGUGCUGACUACUGCUCAAUCUAACAAGUCCGCAAAACGUCCAAAUGUGGAGGUGAAAAAUUUGAGAAGAAAGUCUAACCGGAGAAGACUAAAAAGUUCUUCUCAUAGAUCUUCCCCACAAUCUUGAGAGUUCUUACUACUCAAGCUGUAACAUCCAUUUCGCAACUGUAGGAAGCGUUUUUCACGAGCGAUUUGUGCAGAUCAUCUGUUAAUACAGCAACAUUCACUUGAUUUGUGCCCCUUUACAUCAUCACCAACUUGGGUAUCCCUGCAAUGAGAAAUUAAUGAUACUCUGGAGGCAGGAACUGCCGAUUCACAAGCAACCAUGGUACCAGUCUCUGGUCUGAGAUACUGAUUUACGUAAUGAUAUAGUUCUUUCAAAAAAUUAACGAGGAAAGCAGUGUUUGUACAUGAUUAUGAACAAAGUCUUCCGCUGCAAAACUUGUUUGAUCGUAGCAACCAGAACUGGAUUGUCGUCUCCAAACUUGAAACCUAAGCAGUCAGGGAUCAUUAGACACAGAGCACAUUCAUCCUCCCAUGGCAAAGCUAUAGAAAAAGCAGCCAGCUUCUGCUCCUGUUGGAACUCCUGCUCAUCUCUUUCGUGAAGUGAUUGAUUUUGCCCAAGGUUGAAUAAGAUAUUCAAUCAACAGUUAUACAACUUUUGUAUAACUAAA